UUGACGGUUUUAGUCGUGCGCCACAUACGUGAAAGGCAGUUUUAAACGUAAUGAUGUAAAUAUGGUGGUACCGCCAACAUCGAUCUCAAGGUGCGCGAAUUUCGCCAUGACCAACAACACGCCAUUGAAAUCAUUUUCCAUAAACUCGAUAUUACCGGAAACGGUGCUGGACAGACGAAGUGUUACCCCUGAAGUGGAUGAUGGUGUCGACGAGGAGCGAAACGUCGACGAAGUGUCGGACGCUGAUGUGAGUGACUGUGACUCGGACUUAGAUGUGAUUGGUACCGGAACUCCGCCACUGGACACAUCCGGUCCGACAAACGAAGAUGACAAAAAUAAUGGAGAAAAGGAGAAGAAACCGAACGACAAGCCGCCCUACAGCUACAACGCUCUAAUAAUGAUGGCGAUACGCAACAGUCCAGAAAAGCGCCUCACCCUCAAUGGGAUUUACGAGUACAUAAUGAAAAAUUUCCCGUACUACCGGGAAAACAAACAGGGUUGGCAAAAUUCCAUUCGUCAUAACCUCAGUCUCAACAAAUGUUUUGUUAAGGUUCCUCGACACUAUGAUGAUCCUGGCAAAGGCAACUAUUGGAUGCUAGACCCGUCGUCUGAAGACGUGUUUAUCGGGAGUUCAACGGGAAAGUUGCGCAGAAGAUCAACUGCAGCCUCUCGAAGUCGGCUGGCAGCUUUCAAGCGAACCUUGUCGCUUUACUCCCCUUUGCAAAGCUGUUAUUCCCCAUUUUAUCCACCGUCUCCUGCUCUAUUAGCUGCGUACUCCCGCUACAACCCCUAUUUGCCAUCCACCAUGCAAAGGCCACCGUUUCCAGGGGCUCCAAUGUUUCCCAUGGACAAAAUGAUGAGUGCCUCUGCUCCAGACUUAUCCAACAUGUCCAAUAUGACCCCUCUUUUCCGGCCUCCAUCUCUAUUGCAAAUGUACAGUAAUUUAAGACUGGGAAGUCCCAUGCAAUAUCCUCUUCAACUGCCAUUGAUUUCUUUGGCACAUCAGGGAAUGUCCAGCAUGGGAAUGGCUGCAGCUGGAGUUUCAUCCGAGUCUGAGCCUCCAGAAGGCCUUCUGAAGCCUGUUCCAGUGAUAACGAGGCAUAACUGAGAUUGGUGGGAUGGUAGUGAAGUUCAGGCCAACUUCGAUUUUUGUAAAUACGCGAUUGACGAUUAGUUAGUGAGCUUUUGCUUGAUUCUUUUACUCAACGUGUUAAGUGAGGGGUCGAAUUGUCCACUUCUUUUGAGUCAAGUGAGGAAUUCACUGCGGAUGUGAUUUUUUCAAUGCGGUCAAAAAUAUAUUAUUUUCACCCAGGAAACUUUGCAAAACCGUCCAAAUUUUCGAAUCCAAUCAUUUCCCAACAGUGCAAUUUACAAUUUUUAACUGCCAGGGAACAGAUAUCAAACUUAAUUUCUCGUUCAUUAUCAGGCUUUCGAAAAAUUAAUUUCCUACUUCAGUUUGGCUGGUGUUUCUUACCGCGACUAAUGAUAAUAAAAACUGUUUUUCUACCUAUAUUUAUGAUAGAUUUUUCCAAAUCUUGGUAAUCGACUCAGAAACAGAAGUACUUUCUCAAAAUUACUUGCUUGGAUAUUAUUCGAUUCUUCUGGGCAUUUUACUACAGAAUCAGAAUCUAUACAUCCCACAUCUGCAUUUGUAAUCUGAUUAAAUCAGUUGAAAUGCAAACUGAUUCGAACUAAUUAACAUUUCUUUUACGUCUUGCGUGCUUAUUACUGAUUAGCACGGCCUGUAACUUAGCAAGGUAAAAUAUUCUUAAUAAUGUAUACAAGCAUUUUUAUCUAAAUAUGCAAAUUAAUUAAAUUAUUUAUUCAACAUGUAAAUAUUUAUUUUAAAUCUGUGUAUAUAUUCCAAGUGUUUGGUUUGGUUUGGUUCAUAAAUGCUGAACAAAGCGGAACACAUUACAAGCAAAACAUUUAUUUGCCGCAUUAUUGCCUACAUUAUUUAUUUUAUUAUUUCCUUGUAAAAAUGUAUAUAUUGUGUCGAUAGUUAGUUAACCUUUGGUUUAGCCAGAAAAAGCCUUUGAAUUUAGCUUUAAAUUAUUAUUCACUCCAUUGGGCAUAUCUACAUAUCAGUAAAAAAAUUUAUGACAACAGUCAAUUACUGCAUUUGCUUAUGCAAGUUUGUAUAGUAUUGUAGAUCCUUUAAUAUGUAUCAACAUUAAUUCAGCUGGAUUGCUUUAACAGAUAACUUCUGUGAUGUAAAUAAUGUAUUAUAUUCUUCAGUAGAAUAAAAUAUUAAUAGUAGAACAUGAAGUUUCCC